CCACGACGUCGUCUGCCAUGACCUCGUCUGCCAUGACCCGGCGCCGUUGCCUUGAUUCUAACACCGCGCAGGCAAGAUGCAGAUUUUCGUAAAGACCCUCACGGGCAAGACCAUCACCCUCGAGGUGGAGUCGUCCGAUACCAUCGACAACGUCAAGUCCAAGAUCCAGGACAAGGAGGGCAUCCCCCCGGACCAGCAGCGCCUCAUCUUCGCCGGCAAGCAGCUCGAGGAUGGCCGCACCCUGAGCGACUACAACAUCCAGAAGGAGAGCACCCUCCACCUGGUGCUGCGCCUGCGCGGCGGCGGCAAGAAGCGCAAGAAGAAGGUCUACACCACGCCCAAGAAGAUCAAGCACAAGCGCAAGAAGACCAAGCUGGCCGUCCUCAAGUACUACAAGGUCGACAAGGACGGCAACAUUGAGCGCCUGCGCCGCGAGUGCCCGAGCGAUACCGUGAGCCCGUCCCGAUGCCCUGAAAUUUCACAAGCUGACGUUGUCCAGUGCGGCGCCGGUGUCUUCAUGGCCUCGAUGCCCGACCGCCAGUACUGCGGCCGGUGCCACCUCACCUACGUCUUUGACAAGCAAUAAGCUGGAGGACGGAUGGGAGUUGGGUCUUGGGUGGCGUUGUAGCAUAGGCAAUGCAAGGAUGCUGGGCCAUUUUGAUGAAUGUGACUAUCU